GUCCGAUCACUGGUUCAUAUGUGUUUCGUUUCGUUUGGUAUUUUCUUCCUUUUUUUAUUUUAAAACAGAAAAUCCUCUGCCAUGUCCUUUAUUCGCAACUCCUUAAAAUAUGUUACCCGUGCUUUCAGUCCUAGAAGUCAGCAACAGAUUCCUCGAGUGCAGGUUUUGACUCAAGCAAAUCGGUUUAGGUGUAGUGGCACCGUGCACGCUGAUGACCAAGCUCAGUUUCCAGGAGCUAAAGCGCCAUUCAUAUCAGAAUUAAAGUUGAUUUUGCACACUGACUAUGAGCCUGUGCCAAUUUAUCGCGUCAUGGACAGUGAUGGUCACAUUGCAAAUGAAUCUCAAGAUCCCAAACUAAGCAAAGAAGUCGUACAGAAGAUGUUCAAUGACAUGGUUUUGUUGAACACUUUGGACAAAAUUCUGUAUGAAUCACAGCGCCAGGGGCGUAUUUCAUUUUAUAUGACAAAUUUUGGUGAGGAGGCAUCUCACAUUGGCAGUGCAGCCGCAUUAGAAAUGAGAGAUUUGAUCUAUGGGCAAUACCGUGAAGCCGGUGUACUAGUUUGGCGUGGUUUCCGCAUCGAUCAAUUCAUUGAUCAGUGCUAUGGUAACUGUGACGAUGUCGGGCGUGGAAAGCAAAUGCCAGUUCAUUAUGGCAGUAAAGAAAUGAACUUUGUAACCAUCUCUAGCCCUUUAUCGACGCAGAUGCCGCAGGCGGUGGGUGCCGCAUAUGCGAUGAAGUUGAGACCCAAAAAUGAUGCUUGCGUUGUUUGUUACUUUGGAGAAGGAGCUGCCUCCGAAGGAGAUGCUCAUGCGGCAUUUAACUUCGCGGCAACUCUUGAAUGUCCAGUUAUUUUGUUUUGUCGAAACAAUGGAUUUGCCAUUUCCACUCCAUCACACGAACAAUAUAACGGCGACGGUAUAGCUUCCCGUGGUUACGGGUAUGGCAUGGCAACUAUUCGUGUAGAUGGGACAGACGUAUUCGCUGUGUACAACGCAACGAAGUUGGCCCGUGAAUAUGUUCUUCGCGAAAACAAGCCUGUGGUUUUUGAGGCUAUGGCUUAUCGCAUCGGCCACCAUUCUACAUCAGAUGACAGUACAGCUUAUAGAGCAGCGGAUGAAAUUGAAGUUUGGAAUUCCGUAAAUCAUCCUAUUUCCAAAUUGAAGAGCUACAUGGUUCGAAAAGGCUGGUUCAACGAGGCCGAAGAACAAGAAUUUGUAAAGGGAGUCCGCAAACAAGUUUUAAAACAAAUCGGCGUUUCUGAGAAGAAACCUAAACCAAAUUGGAAAGAAAUGUUUGAAGGUGUUUAUUGUGAAAUGCCUGCACAUUUGGAAGAACAAAUGAGGGAAUUAGAAGGACACAUCAAUAAACAUAAGAAUCACUACCCAGUGAAAAGCUUUAAGGCUUAAAUGCAUGUACAUAUAUGCGGCUUACAGCAUGCCGGGUCAUUCCGAUAUAACAAAGGCUUUGGCACAACUUAUGGGACUCAGUAAAAGUGCAUUUAUUAAUUUUAAGGAAACUAUUCAAAACUGACUGCAUAUUUGCUAAAAUAUGUACAUACACGCUUGCUUAGAGUGAAACUGGAUCAAGUCAUGAUUUAAAAAAUUGUACAGAAAAAAAAACAAUUCCUUUAAUGAAAAAUAUUGUAUACUUCUAUUCAUUAUGCUGAAUUUCCGCUAGGCAUUGAAAUGACAAAAAAUUUAUGUCAUUUAAAAACAAUGCCAUGUGGAAAUGAUCUUAUUGGGCCUGAGCACACUAGCCUGCUCAGUCGGACUGAGCAGUCCACCACUCGAACGCACACUGGACUGGGCAGUCGGCCGAAAACAGGUUUCAGUUUUGUAUACAUGAACUACGCAUGAUUGGCUUAGUGCAUGUGGCACAUGCAAACAAAACGAAAUAGAAAACAUGUUGCCUAUGUGUGCGUGUCAGUCCACCGUCAAUCCGCGAUUUUCGCGGACUGAAAUGAGCGAGGUAAACUCGAACUCCCUUCCCCUCUUAUCCACACAAAACCGGUUUUAGGCGGACCGAGCAGUCCAGUGUGCGGAGGCCCAAUGACUAUUUUUUUAAUGUAAUAACACGAUUAGUUUUUAAUGCCCGACUUUGUCAUUUGUAAUUUUUGCCAUUUAAUGCCGAGCGGAAAUCCAGCAUUAUAGAAUUUUCAAAAAUUUCUUUGGAUUUGCGAUUAACUGAAUAUAAACGGAUAGAACUCAUAAAGUUGGAAUCGAAUGUAAUGUGUAAUUAAUAUUUCUUUUUGUCGUAGCUGCCUUCGUGUAACUUAAAAAAAAAAGUAUACUUAACUUUUCACUCCAUGCUAGCGAUAUAUGUACAAUUUAGGUAUUUGCAGGGGGUUCAUGUAGCAAAGGAAUAUAGAGUAAUUGUGUUUGUAACUGUUUAUUAAUAUAUACCAAUAUAAUUUGCAUCGUAUUUUUUAAAACUUUGAAGGUUUUCUUGUUAUGGGGUAAAAAAUAAAACUAUAUAAAUCAUUAAAUACAUCGGCUGUCAUCUAAUACAUCAAUUGCCACUUUAAUUAGGUAAACUGAAUAAAUUGCAAAAUCAAUUAUGAUUUAAACAAAGUGCUUGUUCAUAUCUGCGAAUGGGUCAUUAUUACCAGGAAUGAAAGAGUUUGUUUCAAUAGCGAUUAUAGCCAAGUAAAAAGAAAUGAAUUUGUUACUCAAAUAUUGUCAGCUAA